AUGGGCUACGAAAACCAAGGAUAUGAAGAAGCGCCUCUCCACGCGCCGAAAGAGCAAAUGUCAUCGAUCAUCCUCGCCAAUGAUCAUCCUUCGCUACCCUCCAACGGCUCGAAAUCGUUUAUCGAUGACCCGCUCACUUCAUCUUCACAGUUCGUCGAGAUCCCCACUGACGAUGCUGAUCAUCCGUGCUCGCCCCCAUCGAAACAAAACCCAAACCCUAGCCACAGCUCAAUCAAUUCUUUCCUCGAGCCCCCCUCUUAUGCAGAAGCAGUUUUCAAAUCCUUCGAUUUGGAUUCAAUUGAUUCUGCUGAUAUUAACGGCCAAGAUCUCUCCCCAUUGGCAUCGCCGUCGUUUUCAUCAUAUUACCUCAAAAUCUCAGUUUCAGAUCCACAGAGGGAGCAGGAGCUAUCUAGUUCACUCGUCCCGGGAGGAAAUACAUACGUUUCAUACUUGAUUACAACCUUCACAAACAUGCCAGAAUUUAGCGGCACUGAAUUUAACGUCAGAAGGCGAUUUCGAGAUGUAGUUGCCCUUGCUGAUAGAUUAGCAGAGAACUUUCGUGGGUUUUUUAUUCCAUUGAGGCCGGAUAAGGGUGUGGUGGAGAGCCAGGUGAUGCAGACUAACGAAUUUGUCGAGCAAAGGCGUGCGGCAUUGGAGAAAUAUCUGAAGCGUCUUGCCGCACACCCUGUAAUAAGGAUGAGCGAGGAACUGCGGCUGUUUCUAGAAACUUCUGGGAAAAUGUCGCUGGCAAGGACGACUGACGUGUCGUCAAGGAUGUUCGAUAGUGGGUUGGCUGAAACAAGUGAGGCAGUGCAGCCUGCAAGGGGUGGGAGGGAUUUCUUGAGGAUGUUUAAGGAGUUGAAGCAGUCGGUGUCGAAUGAUUGGGUUGGGGCAAAGCCACCGAUUGUCGAUAUUGAUAAAGAGUUUUUGGAUAGGAAAGAAAAAUUGCAGGAUUUCGAGCAGCAGUUGGUGAAUGUUUCUCAGCAGGCUGAAUCACUUGUCAAAGCCCAGCAAGAUAUCGGGGAAACAAUGGGUCAACUGGGCCUAGCAUUUGUCAAAUUAACCAAAUUUGAAACAGAGGAAGCAAUUUAUAAUUCCCAAAGAGCGCGUGCUUUGGACAUGAAAAAUGUGGCCACUGCUUCUGUAAAAGCAAGCAGAUUAUAUCGUGAAUUAAAUGCUCGAACUGUCAAACAUUUGGACAAGCUUCAUGACUAUCUUGGUGUGAUGCUUGCUGUGAAUAAUGCAUUUUCGGACCGAUCAAGUGCUUUUUUGACCGUACAAACUCUUUUAUCUGAUUUAUCAUCAUUACAUUCAAGAAUAGAGAAGCUAGAAGCUGCUUCGUCGAAGAUAUUUGGUGGUGAUAGAUCGAGGAUUCGAAAAAUAGAAGAGCUGCGAGAAACUGUUAAAGUAACCGAGGAUGCUAAAAAUACUGCAGUUAGAGAAUAUGAAAGAAUCAAGGAAAAUAAUAGAAAUGAGCUUGAGAGACUAGAAAAGGAGAGGCAUGAUGAUUUUGUGAAUAUGGUGAGAGGAUUCAUUGUUAAUCAG